GUGAAUGGCCAGGGUGAAUGGGAGGCAGUCGGCCGGCGCCCUCCGCCUCCGCCCGCCCCUGAGCCGCGGCCCGGCAGCCAGGCAGAGAGCCCGGGCGGCCGCCGGGAUUUACUUUCCGACAGCGGCCGCGCAGCGCGGGCGCCGGGGCGGGGGCCAGCUUCGCCCCGCUCGCAGGAUUAAGGCCGCCCAGCUGAGGCCGCAUCUGGACGCGCUAUUCCACCUCCUCCGCCACCCAUUCCUGCCUCAUGGAUUUCAACCUGCUGGCAGACUCGGAGGCUCGCAGCCCAGCCUUGUCUCUCUCCGACUCCGGGACCCCCCAGCACGAGCACAGCUGCAAAGGACAGGACCACAGUGACACAGAGAAGUCCCAGCAAAACCAGACGGACGACUCCAAUGCCGAAGACGGCUCGCUUAAGAAGAAGCAGCGGAGGCAGAGAACUCACUUCACCAGCCAGCAGCUCCAGGAGCUGGAAGCCACUUUCCAGAGAAACCGCUACCCAGACAUGAGCACCAGGGAGGAGAUCGCAGUCUGGACCAACCUGACAGAGGCACGAGUCCGGGUUUGGUUUAAAAAUCGCAGAGCUAAGUGGAGGAAACGGGAAAGAAACCAGCAGGCCGAACUGUGCAAGAAUAGCUUUGGAGCCCAGUUCAACGGACUGAUGCAGCCUUACGAUGACAUGUAUUCUAGCUAUUCCUACAAUAACUGGGCCACCAAGGGGCUUGCCACCAGCCCCCUGUCAGCCAAGAGCUUCCCCUUCUUCAACUCCAUGAAUGUCAGUCCUCUCUCCUCUCAGCCCAUGUUCUCCCCACCCAGCUCCAUCGCCUCCAUGACCAUGCCUUCUUCCAUGGUCCCCUCAGCAGUGACCGGAGUACCAGGCUCCAGCCUCAACAACCUGGGAAACAUCAACAACCUGAACAGCCCAAGCCUCAACUCUGCCGUUUCAUCCAGUGCCUGUCCUUACGCCUCGACGGCCAGCCCCUACAUGUACAGGGACACAUGCAACUCCAGCCUGGCCAGCCUGAGGCUGAAGGCAAAGCAGCACGCCAACUUCACCUACCCGGCGGUGCAGACAGCCGCUUCCAACCUGAGCCCUUGCCAGUACGCUGUGGACAGGCCUGUAUGAAGGGCUGCCCUCUACCCAUCGGGGACUUGACCUUAGCCUGACAAAAGGAGACCUUUAGCCCUACAACAGUGUACGUCCUGCAAAGAAAGAGUGAAAGAGAAAGACUGAAAGUGAGAGAAAGAGAGUGAAAGAGAGAGUGAAAGAGACAAGCAGGCAGAUGGACCUCUAUGAAGAUUUGUCUAACUAUCGUAUGGUGAAUUUUGACUGUCUUUCCCCUCCUAUACCCUUUUCCCCCUUGCCCACCAAACCUUCUUCCUCUUGGUAAAGAAACCAAAACAGUCUACUGGAAUCCCCGAGGGGAAAUAGGAGCCCCUGACGCACGAGGUGCCUGACCUGCGGGCAGCAAAGCUGAACAUGUUGCAAUUUGACCCUCCAGCCCCUCCAGGUGUGAGGGCUCCCCACUCCUUUCCCCAGAGACAAGGGGGCCCAGGAAACCAAAACCAGCCAGACACUGCAGUUACAGAAAACAGCCAGGGACAAGGCAACAUGGUGCCGCUACUCAAUGCUUGGUUGACCCCUCUCCCCACACGUGUGAGGUUGUUGGAUUUUAGUUGAAGACAACUUGCUGGUUUAUUUAUCACACAGCCAAUCCCGCAGCCGGUAAGGAAAGUGCUGCCUCAGUCGAUUGGCAUAUCUCUUUAUAAUGCAUAUAUACGCAUGGCCAUUAAGACUUGAAGCCUUUAGGGAGUGGGAGUUGUAAAGAUAUAGAAUAUGUGUGUGUAUAUAUUAUAUAUAUAUACAAAUACAUAUAUAGACAUAUAUAUUAAAAUAUGCUGUUUUGUUUUGUACAUGGAAUAACCUAUGAAGUAGACCUUAAAACCAAGCCCCAUAGAACAAGCAUGUCCACCAAGACAGUGAUUUGCCUCUCAUGCUCUAGUGCUUCAGUCAUUUCCAGUCAGAUAGGAAUUCCUUUGCCUGCGUACAUCCGAAGAGCUCCCUCUUGCGACGAUCAGCUCCCCCUUGCACAUCUCCUCUCCUUCCCCUUCCCCAAAUCCCAUUUCAAAAAAGAAAAUAAAACGAAAG